GAGCGUGCCGGGGACUUACAGUCGGGCUCCUCAGAUUCAGAUUCGGGUGAAGACGACGAAGAUGAAGACCUUUCGAAAGGUGACGAUGAUUUUAUGGAGGAGUACUCCGACGCUAUCCAACACGAGCUUAAAAACUCGAGCGUCUCCAAAACAUUUGCUCAACCUGACGUGUCUCGCGCUUCUGGGUCAGCAUCUACUUCUGCUACCGCUACCGGAGAUGACAACUUGCCCGUGGACGUAGACCUCAACCUGCUUAAGAACCUGCUCGACUCGUACUCAUCGCAGCAAGGCCUGCCCGGACCAGCGUCUAACGUCCUGGGAAUGAUGGGAAUGCAGCUCCCAGACGACAAGGAGGAGCAUAAACGUAAGACUCGGAGGAAGUGA